CGUUUCAGCCCCUGGGGGCCAGCAGCAGCUCUCCGGUCCGAGGGGCAGAGCCGCUCCCCGGCAGCGCCGCCGGGCUCGGGGCGAGCGGAGCCGCGGCUGCGAACCCCGCGGGCACCGGGCUCCGAACGAGAGCUUUUCUUCUCGGCACACGCCGGAAUAGAAGCGCGCUGGGCUUCUUUCCACGGGACAGCACCACCCCGGGGCUCGGUGCGCGUUUCUGUGAGUUUUCCCCCGGCCGCGGGAGUUUAUUCGGAGUUAAAUGAAGAUACCGAAGGGUGAAGCAGGAAAACAACACCUGGAGGGUCUGGAAGGAUAUUUUGCCAUCACUGGAGGAAUGGACCUUUUGAACCUGCGUGGAAAAUGCCCUUUUUGAUGCCAAAACUCGCGCAGGAAAACUUAUGAUUGGAAUCCGACAGGAGCUGGGCUUCAGCUGCGCUUUCACCCGUGCACAGACCAUGGAGAGCUUGGUGUCUCUGCUCUGCUGCCAUUAUUCUUUGCUGAUUUUAUUUCAGCAGAAAUAUCAGGUGUACGGAAACCAUUCCCAGCUCCCCAAACACCCAGGGUUCAAAGUCCUGGCGUCAGCCUCCCAUUACUGGCCACUGGAGGAUGUGGAUGGAAUUCACGAGUUCCGGGACACGAAUGGAGCUCUAAGAAUCCACAACUUCACUGUGCUUCCUUCCCAUAACUCUACCUUUGUAAAUACCAAUGACUCUGCCUACUCUAACUUCUCUGCAACUGUAGAUAUUGUAGAAGGGAUGGUGAACAAAGGAAUUUACGUCACUGAAAAGAAAGGAGUCACCUUUCUCUUCUUUGGGAGCUACCGAAAUUCCUGCAUCAGUAAUCCAGAGGCUUGUGGGCCCGAAGGGGUAACGUUUUCCUUCUUCUGGAAGACCCAAGACCAGCAGGCCAAGCUUCUCCCUGCCUCUGGUGGCCGAGUCAUUUCCAGCGGUUUCAAAAUCUGCUCAAACGAAGGGGAAGGCUCCGUGGAGUUCUACACCCGUGGGAGUGCCAUGAUGAAGUGGAAAGCAAGCUUCAGUCCACCAGGUCCCUACUGGACGCACGUGCUGUUCACCUGGCGCUCGAGGGAAGGCCUGAAGGUGUAUGUGAACGGCACGCUGAGCACCACGGACCCGCAGGGGAAGGUGUUCUACGACUAUGGGGACGCCAGCACGGAGCUGCUGGCGGGCACGGAGGGCUCGGCGCGGCGCUCGGUCAGCGGCGCCUUCGACGAGUUCAUCAUCUGGGAGAGGGCACUGAGCCCCCGCGAGGUGCAGCAGUACUUCAGGGCUGCCGUGGGUGUGCAAGUUCUGCUCUCUUCCACCCUUCCCUGGUCUCUGAUGACAACCACCACCCAGCCCGUGCUCCCCACCGACGCCUACCAGCCCAUCAUCGCGGCGCUGAGCCAGGACAGAGGCAGCUCCCCCUCGGCCAGCUCCCUGCUGGGGCUCCUGCAGAACGUGUCCCUGAGCCUGCCCAACGAAUCCCUGUCCCAGCACACUGCCCUGAGCCUGGCCCAGGCGUUUUUAAAAGCUAUUGAAGACUUCCUGUUGCUGUCUGACUGGAUUGAUGGCCCGGAGAGCCCCGCCGUGCUCAGCAGCCUGAUCCACACCAUCGACACGGUGCUGGCUCACCUGUCGCUGCAGCUGGACGGGAGCUCGCUGCCUCUGACCCUCGAGGGCUCCUCGGCCGUGGCAGAUUAUGCUGUGGUCAAAAUGCAUCCUCAGAGCCUGAAUGUGUCCCACUAUCGAUUUCCAUCUCGAGGGCAGAGCUACAUUUCCAUUCCCAGUGAGGCUUUCCAUGGAAAAGCCUGGAUCACCAUCGUGGGCCUGCUGUACCACAACAUGCAUUACUUCUUCAAUAACAUCAACCCCCUGGACACCAGGAUUGCUGAAGCUGCUGCCUACAGAGGCUCCAUGAUCUCAGCCAGCAGUUAUCUCAUCUCCAUCAAGGUGGAGCCCCUGCCCCAGCUGUCCUCCAACCUGUCAGGC